AUGGCCAUGGACCAAGAGCUGCCGCUCGGGCUCGGCGACUUCUCCAUCGCCAUGGACGCCUCCUCCCUCGCCGCCCUCUGGCCCCCGACGCCGCUCCUCCCGCCGGAUCUCCAAUCUGCUUACCAAGACCAAGAGAGCUCUUCGUCGCCGUGGCGUGGCAUGCAGAUCGUGGAGGAGGCGAGGCGGAGGCUGGCCGCGGCCACAGCAGAGCUGGAGGCGGCCAAGGAGGAGGUGCGCCGCAAGGAGCAGAGCAUCGCCGCCCUGCUGGAGCUCGUGCGCCGCAUGGCCGACGAGCGCGACCAGCUCCAGCACCAGGUCCGGCAGCACCUGCUGCUGGCCCGCGAGCUGGCGGCCGCGACGACGUCCAGCAGCAGCGACUCAGGCGCGAGCUUCCCGACCUUCUCCCCGACGGCCGCCAACCCCUCCACCUUGCUCAAGGCCAGCGCCGCCGUUGAGGACAGGAGCGCACCAGUUGCUAUCGACGACGACAGGACCGCGGCGGUGCUCGAGCAGCUGGCGGCCAAGAGGCCGCUGCCACAGCAGGGGCAGCUGCUGCAGGCGGUCAUGGAGGCAGGGCCUCUCCUGGAGAACCUGCUGGUGGCAGGGCCAGUGCCGCAGUGGCGCGACCCGCCGCCGGUGCAGCCGAUCCCCAGCCCCGUCAUAUCGGCGCCUUCAGGCUCUCGUGCUCCCAUGGGCUGGGGCCAUGGUAGCAGCUCUUCUCUCUUUUUUUCUACUCAUCAACGAUACUAG